UAGCUCAAGCUUCUCCACCUCCCUUCGCUGGGCCUUUCUUUCCUUUCUCUGACAAUACAAAGAGGGACACAUCAUGGCAGGAGGAGCAGUUCUAUCAGCGUUCAUGCAGGUUCUUUUUGAAAGGUUGUCCACAAUUGCCUUGCAUGAGUUCAGAUCAGGACGAGGUAUUAAUAAUGAGUUAGAAAAUCUUUCAAGUACACUAUCCACAAUACAAGUGCUGCUAGAAGAUGCCGAGGAGAAGCAAUUGAAGGAUAAACGAGUGAGAGAUUGGCUUGCGAAGCUCAAGGAUGUUGCCUAUGAUUUGGAUGACUUGCUGGAUGGUCAUGCAGCAGAGGCUUUGAGAUCAAAUUUAGAGGGCAACCAAUCACAGAGCCGCUGGAAAAGGCAGGUAUGUGACUUCUUAUCUUGCACCUUAUGGCAGAAAGGUUUGUUUCAUUGCACCAUAGCACAUAGGAUAAGAAGGGUGCAGGAAAAGCUAGCUAGGAUGGCUAAGGAGCGAGAUGUUCUCGGUCUUCAAGCAUUAGGUGGGAUGAGCAAACUUGAGAUCACAGAGCGAACUGAAACCAGUUCACUGGUAGAUGGGUUGAAUGUGUUUGGUAGAGAGGAGGAUAGGGAUAAUAUUGUGAAUAUCUUGCUAUCUAUUAGUGAAUCUAGUCCUCAAAAUGUCUCAGUACUCCCUAUUGUUGGUAUGGGAGGCCUUGGGAAGACUACUGUAGCCCAACUAGCCUACAAUGAUGAGAGGGUCAAAAAACACUUUCAAUUAAGAAUGUGGGUCUGUGUUUCUGAGAAUUUUGAUGAGAGGAAGUUAACUAAAGAAACCCUCGAUUCUGCUAUAAAUGGGCACUCUUCUAUGACCACAAACAUGAAUAUUCUCCAACAAAAUCUCUUUGAACAUUUGAAGGGGAAGCGUUUUUUGCUUGUUUUAGAUGAUGUGUGGAAUGAGGAUCACAACAAAUGGCACAGUUUUAGAGCUUCCUUAAGUUCUGGAGGAAAAGGAAGCAAAAUAGUGGUAACAACUCAGAAUGAAAAUGUUGGGAGAAUCAUGGGUGGGUUCCCUUCCUACCGGUUGCAGCGAUUAUCGGACAACAACUGUUGGUCUUUGUUCAAAAAUUGUGCAUUUGUUGAUGGCAACUCUAGUGGAUAUCCAAGAUUGGAGGAAAUCGGUAAGAAAAUUGUAGAAAAGCUCAAGGGGUUACCACUUGCAGCAAAGGCAGUGGGGAGCCUCCUGUACUCGAAAGUGGAUGAAGAAGAAUGGAAAGAUAUUUUGAGGAGUGAGAUAUGGGAGUUGACACCAGAUACGAACAGUAUCUUACCAGCUUUAAGAUUGAGUUAUAAGCACUUGCCCCCACACUUGAAGCAGUGUUUUGCAUUUUGUGCUGUAUUUCACAAAGAUUAUAUGUUUGAAAGAGAUAAAUUGGUCCAAAUUUGGAUGGCACUGGGGUUUAUUCAGCCUCAAGGGAGUAAAAGAUUGGAAGACAUAGCAAAUACUUACUUUGAUGACUUGCUGAGUAGAUCCUUCUUUCAGCCUUACAAGGGCAACUAUGUAAUGCAUGAUGCAAUCCAUGAUCUGGCGCAAUAUAUAACCAUGGAUGAUUGUCAUAGAUUAGAGGAUUAUAAGAGACUCAACAACUGUAAUAAGAUCCGUCAUUUAUCAUUUUCUUGUGACAAUUCAAUUCUCACUUCCUUUGAGGCAUUUUAUAGUUUUAAGAGAUUAAGAACACUCCUAUUGUUGCGGGGAUACAAAUCGAAUAUAACUUCUGUUCCUGAUGAUCUCUUUAUGAAACUGAGAUGGCUACGGGUGCUGGACCUAUAUCGCAGAGGUAUCAAAGAGCUGCCACAUUCUAUUGGAAAUCUAAAACAACUUCGCUACUUGGGUCUCUCGAGUACUAAAAUCAAAACAUUGCCAUCAUCAGUCAGUAAGCUAUACAAUCUGCAGACGCUGAAACUGAAAAAUUGCAAUUCACUACAAGAACUGCCGGAAUGUAUUAUUAACCUCAUAAACCUGCGUCAUUUAGAGGCAAAUACCAGACUAAUUGCCAACAUAGCUGGAAUUGGAAGACUCACCUGCCUCCAAGAAUUAGAGGAAUUUGUCGUUCAGAAGGAUGGAGGACACAAAAUUACAGAGCUGAAAGACAUGAUGCAGCUUCGAGGACGUCUCUGCAUUGCGGGUCUUGAGAACAUAGCCCGCAGAGAAGAGGCGAAUGAGGCUAAAUUAAACACAAAGGAGUACCUUAGUUUGCUAGAGUUUGUAUGGGAAGACAACAGGGAUAUCAGUCUUCAUGAAGAAUGUCUCGAUGAAGUUGUGCUUGAAGGCCUCAGCCCACAUCAUGAACUCAAAGAGAUGAAAAUCACAGGCUAUGCAGGUGCCAAUUUUCCAAGUUGGCUAGCAAGUCCACUCUCCAGCCUGCAGACCAUCCAUCUAUCCAAUUGCAUAAGAUGCAUACACCUCCCACCUCUGGGACAGCUGCCAUUCCUCAAAAAGCUGGAGAUAAGAGGAGCUGAUGAACUGAUUCUAAUUAGCCAAGAAUUCUCAGGCAAUGGGGCAACUAAGGGAUUCCCAUCAUUGACUGAACUAGUUCUUGAUGACAUGCCCAAUUUGGAAGAAUGGCUAUUUGCAGAUGGUGACCAAUUGUUCCCUUGCCUCACUGAACUUGAUGUCAUUGACUGUCCUAAGCUGAAAGCACUGCCCCGCCUUCCUUCGACCCUGACAAGGCUCCGAAUAUCUGAAGCAGGGCUCAGUCUUCUCCCCGAAUUGUGGGAUUCGAAUCAGCCAUCCUCACUCUCAUCCUUGCACAUUGACAAGUGUCCUAAUCUAACAUCCCUGCAGAAAGGCCUGCUAAGCCACCCAUUGAGGGCUCUCAAGGAUUUGAAGAUCAAUAAUUGUGAAGGUCUCCUGUCAUUGCCAUCAGAGUGUUUCCAGCACUCCACAUCACUGGAGAGUCUUCACAUACAUAAGUGCCCCAGGCUGGUGCCAUUGACAGCACUAGAGGAGGGCCUGCUGCCCAGCUUACUAGAAGAUGUCCGGAUUGGCUCCUGCUAUCAGCUAAUCAACCCACUGCUUAAUGAACUCAGGAACCUUGCCUUCCUCACUCAUCUAGAGAUUGCCAACUGCCCUGACCUCUACUAUUUUCCACUGGAGGGCCUGCCUAACACACUUAAAUUCUUGGCGAUUUUGGAUUGUGCCAAUCUCCAAUACCUGCCUCCUGAUCUUUGGAAACUAUCCUCUCUAGUUACAUUGAUCAUCGGCAACUGUCCCCGGAUCCCGCACUUGCCUUCGGAGGGCUUGCCCAAGGGUCUGCAUGAAUUGUACAUCAAAGCAUGCCCAUCACUGAAGGAGCGAUGUGAACUGGGCAGAGAGGAUUCGGCCAAGGUAGCUCAUAUUGUCAAGGUAGAGAUAGAUGAAGACAUCAUGUCUGAGUGAAAAGAGGAAGGAGAUUCUUCUAUAACACUACCACCAACAAUUAUGGUCAUGACAUGUUCAUGGAAAUAGAAGAUGUCUAUCAGAUCAUAACCCAUUCAUACUCCUGAUUCAAGGAAAAAGCACGUCUCUGGCCAAGAGGGAGUCCGAACGGCCAAAGCACGGUAAAAGUUCUUCAAGUCACUGUGAAUGACAUGAUACUGGAUUUUCGUCAAUGUGAAGAAACCCUUGAGCAAUCCAUUAGCAACUCAGAAAUAUCUCCACAAGUUUACUUAUGCUGCUCGUACCUGACAUACAUUUUUGGUCAGUCAGUCCAAUUAGUUCAGUGAAAUAGAAUCUUACAGUUACAAGAAUGAGAUGCUUUAGCUACAAAGCACAACAACUAUAAAUGCAAGUAACCAUAUGUAAACCAAUCUAAGUUUUUGUUCAUUUCAUGGACAAUCUUAAAUAUUGGCCAGCUUUGUAUGAUCAAAGGAAUAACCUCAACUUCAUUCCUGAACUAUACUAGCCCAUGUUUUGUUUCUAUCUCUUAUA